CACACCAGUCACCUAACACCCAGGUACCUACUUACUGCCAAGCCCAUAAAGACAAUAGGUAUAAGGAAACACGCCUUAAACGUUUUCACCCGUUCCGGGGAUCGAACCAAGGACCUCAGUGCAUAAGGUACAUGGGACGAACGUUGCAGUGUAGGAUGUGGUGACGGUGUGAUGUGGCCGUUGUAGCCCUCUCUCACACCUGUAUUUCUCACACCUGUCCCUCCCUUACACACCUGCACUCUUCGCAUCAGCUUCAUCACACAACACGUCCACUAUCAUUCCCUUUCCAGCCCUUCCGUUCAGUGUCUUCCCAUUUCAGCUCUGUAAGCGCCCCGGAACGCUGUCAAGAGUGUUCCUCCUCAGGAUUCUGUCUACCAAGUCCCAUUCUUCAGUGUAGAAUGCUUGUGAUAGCGUAAUUCAUUCUUCCAAGUCCCAUUCCUCAUUGUAGAAUGCGUAUGAUAGCGUAAUUCAUUCUACUAAGUUCCAUACCUCAGUGUAGAAUGCUAGUAAUGACUGUAACCUGGAGGUUCAUUCUACUGAGUCCCAUUACGUGAGUGUAGGAUAUUCUUUUGCUGAUAUUAUUGUCUAAAUCUUUCUUUGGCCUUCCGUGAGCAUUGUAACGAGUUAGAUUAGUGGAAGAAGUAAUUGGUUCCUUGUUAAAUCUCGUUUUGGAAGUAUCUUGAAGCCACUUACCAAGCCACUAACACCGUCACCCAGUACUACUGGAAGUAACUCACCUGUCAGUACCGUCAGUGACUGUUACGGGAAGUCAGUAAGUCUCCAGUACCUCGGUAACUGUUUUAGGAGGUCAGUUAACCUCGAGUACUGAGUACCACAGCCUUCAGCAUCGUGUACCACAGCCAGGGGUUGUCAGAAAUCCUUCAGUAAGCCUCCAGUACUGUGUUCCACCAGUACCGUGCACCACAGUCUUCAUCACCGUGCACCACAGCCUCCAGCACCGUGCACCACAGCCUUCAGCACCGUGCACGAUGUUUCGCGCGUCGAGACUGCGAGUGCACACCUGCAAGAUAGUGCUGGUGACGUCCUUGGUGUGGUUCGUGAUGGACGUGGCCGUGAUCAUGUACUACAGUGACUGUACCACAGGCUCUGGUUGGGGAUGUGGCCGCGCAGAAGCAGUUUCCAUCAGAGACAGCCAUGCAGAUCACCACAAGGGUCGGGCCAUCAGGAACCACCACUCAGAUAACGAAGACGUUGACCUCACUGGUUGGCAUCUGGACUACCCUCCGGGGGAGCUGAAGAGAUGGGUAUCCAAGCCGACGGUGCCCGAGCAACCUGGCUUGCCCGGGGAGAUGGGUAAGCCAGUCAGGACGCCACCGGAACAGGAAGCCGUCUUGAAGGAGAAAUUUAAACUGAACCAGUUUAAUCUUUUGGCUUCCGACUCCAUUAGUCUGAACCGGUCGCUUCCGGACGUGCUUCUGGAGGGGUGCAAGACGAAGAUGUACCCGCCCUUGAUGCCCACUACUUCUAUAGUUAUCGUCUUCCACAACGAGGCCUGGUCCACACUGCUACGGACCGUCUGGUCCAUUAUACAGAGGUCACCCAGGGCUCUACUCCAGGAGAUAGUGCUGGUCGAUGAUGCUUCAGAGAGAGACUACCUUGGCAAAGAACUAGAGGAGCAUGUCAAGACACUCCCAGUUCCCGUCAGAGUGCUACGUACUGGUGCACGCUCUGGGCUCAUCCGUGCACGCUUGCUGGGUGCAAAAGAGGUCACAGGUCAGGUUAUCACCUUCCUGGAUGCACACGUUGAGUGCACAGAAGGUUGGCUGGAACCUUUGCUAGCACGAAUUGCUGAGGACAGAACACGUGUGGUGUGCCCCAUUAUUGAUGUCAUCUCUGAUGAAACCUUCGAGUAUGUAACUGCUUCAGACAUGACUUGGGGCGGUUUCAAUUGGAAACUCAAUUUCCGAUGGUAUAGAGUACCACAGCGGGAGAUGGAGAGACGAGGUGGAGACAGAACACAGCCUCUACGAACACCAACCAUGGCCGGAGGAUUAUUUGCCAUCGACAAGGAUUACUUUGAGAAGAUUGGUCGCUACGAUGAAGGCAUGGAUAUAUGGGGAGGAGAAAAUCUGGAAAUGUCAUUUAGGGUGUGGAUGUGUGGAGGGACGCUAGAGAUCUCCACUUGUUCCCACGUGGGUCACGUGUUCCGCAAGUCCACCCCUUACACGUUCCCAGGGGGCACUUCCAAAAUUGUUAACAAAAACAACGCGCGUCUCGCCGAGGUGUGGUUGGACGACUGGAAAGAAUUCUAUUACAGCAUUAACCCAGGUGCACGAAGUGUUGAUUACGGUGAUGUUAGUUCCCGACGCAAGUUACGGAAAGACCUCAAGUGUAAAAGCUUCCGCUGGUUCCUGGAGAACAUCUACCCAGAGUCACAGAUGCCAUUGGAUUAUUACUACUUGGGAGAGAUCCGAAACGCGGAGACGCAGAGUUGCCUGGAUACUUUAGGUCGCAAGAGUGGCGAGAAUUUGGGCACCAGUUAUUGCCAUGGUUUGGGUGGCAACCAGGUAUUUGCGUACACUAAGAGGCAGCAGAUAAUGUCGGACGACAACUGUCUGGACGCGUCCAAUCCCAGUGGACCGGUCAAGUUGGUCCGCUGCCAUGGCAUGGGUGCAAUGUGGAACUAUAAUGACCAGGAUGGGUCAGUCCGUCAUGUGAACUCUGGCCGGUGCUUGCAAAAGCCAGAUCCACGAGAUGUCACCCUACCCGUCCUCAAGCCGUGCGACGGAUCUGACCAGCAGUGGAUUAUGAACGGGUCAUUUAAAUGGCAGGCUAAUUAAUCCCAGUGUUUGUUCAGUAUGUGAAUUGUUCUAAUUUCUUUUAUGAAAAUGGUUGGAAAUAUGGUUUCUAAGAAUACUCUGAUAACUAAAACUAACUGAUGCUUAAUGAAGUUAGCAUCUAUAGUGUAUUUAGAGCCACUGGUAUUUGCCUAAUAUUUUUGCUAUUGACGAGAUUGUGUAAGUGUUCAGGAGUUAUUAAUUACGCAGUUGAAUCCUGCAGUUUGAAGAAGAGGAUUAGGUUUCUAAAAGUGAUAUGAAUACAGAAACCACAAAUAGGGGUCUUGUUAGAAACAAAAAGACAAAAUAUGACCAUAAUGUGACUAUAAAGCAUGAAGAUUAUGGGGUUCAACUGAACAGUAAAUCUCCAGUAUAAUGAACUAGCAGGGGAAAGCGGGUGGCCGGUAAUGGCAGUUGUGGUGGAUACACAUGAGGUUGUGUUUCCAUGAUAGUAAUGAUAGCAGAAAACUUUGUCCAUUGUUUCCAAACUGACCCAGCAGAUUUUCUUUCAUAAUUCUGAUGUCCGUUAUACAGAGGGUCAGUAUUUCUAUUAUGGUUGUGAAUGUCGGAUGAUGAUACUUAACGCCCAGCUUAGGAUAUCAAUGAUUGAUACUUCUGCAACUGGCAACUACAACUUAGAUACCAUCCAUGAUGAAACUACCAUGUUUCAUCAUUAGUACUUAACAUGAAGAUACUAUGAUGGUUGGGACGGAAAAGCGCAUACUGUGCUGCCUUGCGAUAAUCUACAAAUUUCUGUGUAAAACGAGAAAGUGUAUGUUUGUACAAACUGCUAAAAUCUUUUCCACUGUUUUUUGAAUGUACUUUUUAAGUUAGGUAUUAUGUGAUCAUAACAGCAUUUAAAAAUCCUGUACAUAUUGGGUUUAUGUAAUAAGUGAUAGAAAAUACAUUUAACUAAUGCCAGCAGCUUUGGUUUAAGGAAAAAUCAGGGAAACUUAUCAGUCAGAGUGUUGUGUAGAAAACCUAGAAAAAGUAUUGCAUCAGGCAGGCUUUAUGGUAUUCGGUUUUUGAAUUGAAGUAAAUAAAAUCCAACACUUGGAUUUUUACGGGGAGAAUGGGGCGGAGGUAGAGUAAGAAUGUAUGUGUGUAUAUUGUAUAUAUGAUAGUAUCCUUUAACUUCCAGAGUUAUAUCUUCCUGUAUGAACUGUCCAGGUGAGAAUGGGAAAUCAGUGCCUUCCAAGAAAUGAAGAGAAGGUUUUUAUAUUAGUGUCACACCUGGCAUAGUGGAAAGGCCAUGUUGCAGAAGUUACUGCUAAUACAUUCUACAAAGAGCUCAUUUCCUGAGUCAACGGCAUGCAUAUUCACCUGUAGCUGUGUAUGUCUGCAAAUAUACAACAAGAGGUGUGUGUAUGUCUGCAGAUAUAUAUUGAGAGGUGUGUGUAUGUCAGCAAAUAUACACGGAGAGCGAGAGGUGUGUGUGUGUGUCAACAAAUACACACCAAGAGUUGUAUGUAUUUCAUCGAGUAUACACUGAGAGGUAUGCAUCAUUGUGCAUAUACACUUAAAGUUUACUUUAAUCCCAAUUUUAGGAAUUAAAGUAUUCUUGACUAGUGGUAUAAAGUUUUCACAAAACCUUAAUGACCUUAAAGAAGCUGAUAGGCUUUAAACCCAACCAAUCAUCCACUGAAUGAGUUGCCAUGAGCUCAUUUCUUGACUGAGGAGAGAGCACAUAUAAUUUUUUAGAAAGCUCAUAUGGUUAUUGGUGAUAUAGUGCGAAGAUUUUCAAAAAAAAAAAAAAUGAGCAAGGAUAUAUGUAUUUCAGUUUGGUAUAACUGUUAUAAAUCUAAUUGUUAAAUUGAUGUACCGAGAAAUUGUGUGUGUUGGAUGUUUUAUUUAUCAAAUUUGUGGGGAAUCAAAGUGAAUUGUUAUGGUAUUAGUCGACAUGUAUUAAUUUGGACACUUUUAACAGAGAGAGCUUUAAUGUUUACGAUGUUCCACGAACUGCGGGGUGGUGCUUCCACCCUGCUGUGGGGUGGUGUGUCACCCUAUUGUGGGGUGGUGUUUCACCCUGCUGUGGGGUGGUGUUUCAUCCUAUUGUGGGGUGGUGUUUCACCCUGCUGUGGGGUGGUGUUUCACCCUACUGUGGGGUGGUGUUUCACCCUACUGUGGGGUGGUGUUUCAUCCUACUGUGGGGUGGUGUUUCACCCUAUUGUGGGGUGGUGUUUCACCCUACUGUGGGGUGGUGUUUCACCCUACUGUGGGGUGGUGUUUCACCCUAUUGUGGGGUGGUGGUCCACCCUACUGUGGGGUGGUGUUCCACCCUACUGUGGGGUAGUGUUCCACCCUACUGUGGGGUGGUGUUUCACUGUACUGUGAGGUGGUGUUCUGCCCUACUGUGGGUGGUGUUUCACUGUACUGUGAGGUGGUGUUUUACCCUACUGUGGGGUGGUGUUCCGCCCUACUGUGGGGUGGUGUUCCGCCCUACUGUGGGGUGGUGUUCCGCCCUACUGUGGGGUGGUGUUCCGCCCUACUGUGGGGUGGUGUUCCGCCCUACUGUGGGUGGAAUAUUUUAC